UGCAUGCGCUCCUGGAAGGAAAUCCUUCGAAAUGCAAGCCAACAACAUUUGUAUAAAACAUGCCAGCAAUUAAAUUUGCACAGUAUACGUUGGAUCAAUAAUGGAGGAAAGUAUUAUUAGUCACAGAAAUGUUGCGUACAGUAUUAACAGCAAUGGAGAGGACAAUGUUUAUGAAACACUACCAUCGCUGGGUGGCACCCUCCCACACGAUCUCCCGGAAGAAGACCUUAAUGCAGCAACAGGAAAAGAAGUGUCGAUCAAAGUGCGAGUGCUUUGCUAUACUGUUGUCACUAUCUUAGCUCUAGUGAUAGCUGUCUUUUCUCUGAUAAUGGCUUCAGUAGGAGUGAUUUAUGAAUCCCAGAUUAACAAGCAGGAGAUUCAGGAAUUGAAUAUUCAAUUGAACCACACACGCCAACGGAUUCAAACUCUAUUCCAAGCGGAUCAAAACAUAAUAGCAACACUAAAAUUGGAGGGUAUAAGUUAUCCAGCCAGCUCAUGCAGUGACAUCCCUCAAUACAAACCAUCUGGAGAAUACUGGAUUGCUACUGACAGUACUAGCUCUCCUGUUAGGGUAUACUGUGACAUGGACCGAACAAGCUGUAGCUGCAACACUACAGGAGGAUGGAUGAGGGUAGCCAACCUCGACAUGACUGACUCCAACCAAAACUGCCCAGAUGGAUUCAGACUGGUGUCCAGGACAACACCACCACUGCGUACUUGUGGCAGACCUGGACCAGCAGGAUGUGUGUCUACUACCUAUCCAACUUAUGGGGUGGAGUACUCUCGAGUUUGUGGGAGAGUGAUUGGCUAUCAAGACAAAACUACAGAUGCUUUUGAUCCAUAUUUUGAUAACAGGACAUUGUCUAUUGAUGAUGUUUACGUUGAUGGUGUGAGUGUAACUCAUGGACAGUCGCCUCGUCAGCAUAUUUGGACAUUCGCUAAUGCAGCCGAUGAAACUCGUUCGACUAAUCUGGUGUGUCCCUGUACAAGACCUGACAUCCCCUACACUGGAGUUGUACCUCCCUUCAUCGGUCAAGACUACUUUUGUGAAACUGGAAGCCGACAAGAAAUUUCCCGAAUCUUUUACUCUGAUGACCCACUCUGGGAUGGUCAGGGGUGUGGGAGGGCCAGUACUUGCUGUGAGUUCAACAAUCCACCAUGGUUCUGCAAGCAACUCCCUCAGCCGACUACAGGCGAUAUCGAGUUGAGACUUUGUGCCAAUCUAGAUGUAGACAAUGAAAACACACCUCUUGAAAUUAUUGAGAUCUAUGUGCAGUAAAAAUGUGCUAUGCAUGCAUGAAUGUGUGUAUAAAUCACUGCAUGUGUCUGCAGUUCAUA